UACAAGAAGAGCUUCAAUGGAUUUGUCGCCCUGUUAACAGAAGAGGAAAUGCACAAGAUAGCUGGAAUGGAAGGAGUGGUUUCUGUUUUUCGUAACGAUAAGCUGCAACUCCACACAACAAGAUCAUGGGAUUUCAUGAAGUCUGAGAGCUUCAAAGAUGAUGGAUUCGGGCCACCGCCAAGCAAAUGGAAAGGCUUCUGCGUAACAUCAUCCAAUUUCACCUGCAACAACAAAAUUAUUGGAGCAAGAUACUACAGGAGCAAUGGUGAGUUUGAGGAAGAAGAUAUCAGGUCUCCGAGAGACACCGACGGCCAUGGAACACACACAGCAUCAACAGCAGCCGGAGGACUCGUAAGCAUGGCCAGUCUGUAUGGCCUUGCUGAGGGCACAGCUCGAGGAGGUGUCCCGGGGGCUCGAAUUGCUGUCUACAAAAUAUGCUGGUCUGAUGGGUGUCAAGAUGCCGACGUUCUUGCAGCAUUUGAUGAUGCUAUUGCGGAUGGCGUUGAUAUAAUCUCUCUUUCUGUUGGGGGGUCUCCCAAAGAUUAUUUACAUGAUCCGAUUGCAAUUGGGUCCUUUCAUGCCAUGAAAAACGGGAUUCUCACCUCGGCGUCAGGAGGCAAUUAUGGUCCUAACAUUGGCACCAUUUCGAAUGUUGCUCCCUGGUUUCUCUCAGUAGCUGCUAGCACCAUUGACCGAAAAUUCUCCACCAAGGUUCAGCUGGGUAACAAGAUGAUUUUUGAGGGAAUUUCCAUCAACACAUUUGAUCCAUUGAAGAUGUACCCUAUGAUUUAUGGUGGAGAUGCAACAAAUAAAACUAGAAACUACACCGGUUCCUCCAGGUUUUGCACGGGAAACUCGCUGGACUCAAAUUUAGUGAAAGGUAAAAUCGUUCUCUGCGAUGCUAGAACUUCUGGGAAAGCACCAUUUUUGGCAGGUGCAGCUGGAACAGUGAUGCGAAGUAAACUUUUAGAUGGUUAUGCCGACUCCUAUCCCUUUCCAGCAGCUCUUGUUCGUGCCGCUGAUGGUAAUAACAUUGCCGAUUAUAUUAACUCAACAAGAAAUCCGAUUGCAUCGAUAUUCAAGACCAACCAGCUCAAUGAUACACUAGCACCAUAUGUAGCCACCUUCUCUUCAAGAGGUCCAAGUUCUAUUACAGGUGAUAUCCUCAAGCCGGAUUUAACUGCUCCUGGAGUCGAUAUUCUGGCAGCAUGGUCACAGGGGGCGCCAGUAUCAAGUGUAAAAGAAGAUAAAAGAAGGGUACCGUAUAAUAUAAUAUCUGGAACAUCAAUGGCUUGCCCACAUGCUUCUGGUGUGGCUGCCUACAUCAAAUCAUUCUAUCCAUCUUGGUCUCCUGCUACAAUCAAGUCUGCCAUGAUGACCACUGGUAUUGCCUUAAUAUUUAUACUUUUCAUUAGAACUUCAAACUUACAUAAACAAUGUCUAACUUUUGUGUUUUUUUUUCUUACAUGA